UGGUCUCAAACUCCUGACCUCAGGUGAUCUGCCCGCCUUGGCCUCCCAAAGUGCUGGGAUUAUUAGGUGUGAGCCACUGUGCCUGGCCUAGUUUUGGUUUUAAAGUAAAAGUAGCCCUAAAGUCAGUAUAACUAAAGGGUGGAACGAGGCGGGACACGGUCUAGAAUUGCUGCUCAGUGAUGUCUGUGUGCCUCCUGUUGGGGGAGUUGAGACUGUGGAUGGUUGGUUUCCUGGCUAGUUUCUCCCAGCACAGUGGGGACUGGCUCUGUUGUAUGAAGAAGACAGCACAUAGUGGCAGAGAUAGACUCUAACCCAUGGACUUUCCAUGGGAGGGAAUAGGCCUUUGGAGGGUAUGCAGGACCAAGGUAGACACUGGAUAAAGAACCAGGUAGUUCCCAAGUGUUGCCCCAUCUGGGACAUUGCUCCCACACUCAGGAACCAGACCUUGUGGGUGAGAACACACUGUCCCUCCUGCCAAAUUAAUAACUUCCUCCCCAGCCAGAAUCCUGCAGCAGGCAGGCAUAUAGCUCUGUACUUACAGUAGCUCCUGCUCAGACGUUGUCAAAACCACCCUGCAGCUCAGGAUUAAGGAGCGUGGUCACAGGAAGGUGGGGUUUCAGGGCAUCCCUCAGAAACUGCCCGUCUCCCCAGAAUUCCAAAAUGAAGGCCCAUGUGCUUGUAGGUGUGCUGGUCAUGGUGGGCUUCGCGGUGGGAAAGGCUCCUGUUCCUGACAUCCGGACCUGCCACUUCUGCCUCUUAGAAGACCCUUCUGUAGGAUGCAUUUCAGGCUCAGAGAAGUGUACCAUCAGCAGCUCAUCCCCAUGCAUGGUGAUCACCAUCUAUUAUGAUGUCAAGGUUCGCUUCAUCGUUCGAGGCUGUGGACAGUACAAUUCCUACCGCUGCCAAGAAAAACGCAACACCUACUUCGCAGAGUACUGGUAUCAGGCCCAGUGCUGCCAGUAUGAUUAUUGCAACUCCUGGUCAAGCCCGCAGCUCCAGAGCUCCCAGUGGGAGCCCCGUGACAGGCCCUUGGCCCUGCCUCUGUCUGACUGGCAGAUUCAGUGGUUCUACCAGGCCCUGAACCUCUCACUGCCCCUCCCCAGUUUCCAUGCUGGGAAGGAGCCUGAUGGCCUGGACCCCGUGGCCAAACUGUCCCUGAGCCUGGGCUUGUCGUUUGCUGACCUGCGCCGCAUGUAUUUGUUCCUCAAUAGUUCAGGACUUUUGGUUCUUCCCCAGGCUGGACUCUGACACCUCACCCUUCCUGAAUUCCACUCUGUGCAAGUGUCUCUCUCUGUCACCCUCAGCAUGCUGCACUCCCCUCUCUGAAAACACCCACCUUCUUUGGUCAGUGAUUUCUUAGGCCUCCCUUGGUUGUACCACCAGCAUCUAUAUGCCUUUGGUGUAAUUUCUCUCUUGAACACUGGUACUAUUCUUCCUCCUAGAAAAUAAUCUCUAGUGUGGAUUCUGCCCAGACAGGCUGACCUGGGAAAGUCACAGUGGAUCCUCCAUUCCUUCUUCAUUAUGAGUGUUCCAGUAUCCCCCAUCCCUCUCAAUCUGGUCACUUGCCUAUUUAGAUCUAGCUCUUUUUCUUCUGUCUUGUCCCUGUCUCUAAGACCCACUACCAGACUGAACUUGCAGCAAGAAGGAUAAGGAGGCCAGGCACGGUGGCUCACGCCUGUAAUCCCAGCACUUUGAGAAGCUGAGGUGGGUGGAUCACUUGAGGUGGGGAGUUUGAGACCAACCCGGCCAACAUGGUAAAACCUUGUCUCUACUAAAAAUACAAAAAUUAACCGGGUGUGGUGGCGCACCUCUCUAAUCCCUGAGUAGCAUCCUGCUACUCAGGAUGCUGAGGUAGAAGAAUUGCUUGAACCUGGGAGGCAGAGAUUGCAGUGAGCCGAGAUCACAUCCCUGCACUCCAGCCUAGACAACAGAGUGAGACUGUCAAAAAAAAGGAUGAGGAAGAAUAGAAUUCUAUGCAGGUGUCCUGACUUGGCAUCUUGUGUCCCUGCCUCACUGUCUCUACCACCCCCCUUUUGUCCUGGUCUUUUCUCUCUUCUGUCCUCUCUUGUCAGUCUCUGGCCUCGUCAGUCCCCUUUCCCCUCACUGAGUCCUGACACCCACCUCCCUAGGGGCCUGUGAGAGGAGAGGAAAGGGUGUGUCUUGCUCAGCUCCAUGUCCCCUGUUUUCCUCCACAAUAAACUGGGACUGGGCUAAA